AAUAUAUAUAUAUAUAUGAAGUCUUCGGUUGCGACUCUGAUAAGCCGAGCACUAAUCUCGGCAUCAAAACGCUCAAUCCCGAACCGGACAUGGACUCCUUCGCUCGAGCAAACCCUCCACGGACUCGGUUGUCGUGACUCGCUGACGCCACCAAUCGUCGCCCGAGUCAUCGACCCCUUUCUCCUCAACCACCACUCUCUGGCUCUGGGUUUCUUCAACUGGGUCUCUCAACAACCAGGCUUCUCUCACACCUCAAUUACCUACCAAGCCAUACUCAAAUCACUCUCUAUUUCCGGCCAUUUCAAUGCCGUAGACAAGCUCUUGAAGCAAGUCCGUGCCCAAAAGAUCGAUCUUGAUCCUUCAGUAUAUCGCUCGAUUAUUUCGUCACAAAUUAUAGGGAAGAAAACCCGAAAUGCUUUUUCGAUAUUCAAUGAAGUUACUUCUCUAAAUUGUGAUGUUGGACCCGGUAUAAGUAAUUCACUUCUAGCUGCUGUGUCUUCUGAUGGAUAUAUUGGUUAUGCCCGCAACUUGUUCGAUGAAAUGAUUCUAAGAGGUGUUAGUAUGAGUACACUUGGUUUUGGUGUGUUUAUAUGGAGGUUUUGUAGAAAUGCUGAAGUGGGCGAUACUCUAAGUUUGCUAGAUGAGGUUAGGAAAGGUGUUUGGCGGAUUAAUGGGUCAAUAAUAGCUGUUUUGAUCGUUCAUGGACUUUGUUUGGAGUCUAGGGUGGCAGAUGCUUCCUGGGUAUUGGAUGAGUUGAGGAAAAGGGACUGUAAACCUGAUUUUAUGGCCUAUAGGAUUGUUGCUGAAGCACUUCGGUUGACUGGAAGUGUUGUUGAUGUAGAGUUGGUCUUGAAGAAGAAGAGAAAGCUGGGGGUAGCACCAAGGGCUAAUGAUUACCGAGAAUUUAUAUUUGUUUUGAUUUCUGAGAGACGGAUUUGGGAAGCAAAAGAAUUGGGUGAAGUUAUUGUGAAUGGAAAUUUCCCAAUUGAGGAUGAUGUGCUCAAUGCUUUGAUAGGCUCAAUAUCAAUCAUUUAUCCCUCUUCUGCUAUGUUGUUUUUCGAGUUUAUGGUUGGAAAGGAGAGAUUUCCAACUCUUCUUACCCUGAGCAAUUUCAGUAGGAACCUCUGCAAGCACAGAAAAGUUGAUGAACUCUUGGAGGUUUUCCAGAUUUUAUCCAUCAAGGAGUACUUCUCAGAUAUGGGGAGUUACAAUGUGAUUGUUUCAUUUUUGUGCCAGGCUGGGAGGGUGAAAGAAGCUUAUGAUGUUCUUCAGGAGAUGAAGAAGAAAGGGUUGUGCCCGGAUGUAGCUUUCUACAAUUAUCUUAUGGAAGCAUGCUGUAAAGAAGACCUACUUCGUCCCGCCAAAAGGCUAUGGGAUGAGAUGUUUGCAAGUGGGUGUGGUGGAAAUUUGAAGACUUAUAAUGUCCUUAUCAGGAAGUUUUCUGAGACAGGCCAGGUUGAAGAGGCUCAGAGGCUCUUUUGUCAUAUGUUGGAGAAAGGGGUAGUACCUGAUGCUAUGACGUACACAUCCCUCCUUGAAGGGCUUUGUAAAGAAAAGAAGAUUGAAGAUGCUCUCAAAGUCUUCAACAAAUCUGUUGAACAGGAUGCUCUGCUAGCACGAAGCAUAUUGAGUACAUUUAUCCUUUAUCUUUGCAAAGAAGGUCAUUUUCAUGUCACUUCUGGUUUGCUUUGUGGCCUCACUUCUGAUAUUGGACAGUCAGCCUCUCAUGUGAUUUUGCUGCAAUGCUUACUUGAGGCUGCGGAGAUCCCAGUUGCCAUUGAACACAUAAAAUUGGUCAGAGAGAAUUCAGCUAUAAUGUUGCAAGCAAUAUGUAGUGAACUUUUAGCAUCACUUUCAUCUUCAUCAAAACCAGAGCCUAUUUUACAGUUGCUUCAAGCAGUCCAGGGGAAAUGUCCAAUUUUGAACAAUGAUUCUCGGAAAGAUAUGUUUAGCCAAUGAAUUGCUGAUUGUUCAGCUAACACGCUUAUGCAAUUGAAUCUGAAGUCUUGGUGUUCUAAGGGGAAAUAAUGGCUCCUUGGUGUGUGAUGGUAAGGUGUUACAAAUGAAAUUUUACAGGAGGUACUCAUUCUUCUCUUUUUACAUUAGUAGGAUUUCGUAAUAAUACCUGGUUUGGAUGAGAGUCUUUGAUGUAUAUGUAUUUUCUGAGAUGUAAUGAAUUUUUUUAUAUUUAUGAAAACUCACAAAAAAAGGAGAAUCUUUUUAGA